CAGUCUCCGGGCUCCCCCGUUCCACCACAUUCAACCAUUGCUGAGGUGAGCUUCUGCCUCCAAAUGGCGGCAGCUCUAUGUCCCCCUUCCUCCGCUCUCACUGUGGACUCCCCUGUUUCGCUUCAAUCUCAUAUCUUCUUCCCUCUUCUCCGCCUCUGCGGAACCCCAACUGAACUCAAGCAAAUCCAUGCCUUCACCAUUAAAACAGGCAUCUUUCACACCCUUCCCGUCGCGUCCCGCAUCUCGGCGCUCUGCUGCAACCCUGAAAUGGGAUCCCUCGACUACGCCCGCUCAGUGUUCGAUCAAAUUCCCGAACCAAACUCCUUCGCCUGGAAUUCCCUCAUCAAGCGCCUAGUUGACGACAACCACUCACAUUCUGCCCUUCUUCUCUUCAAGAAAAUGCUGACUGCAUCAUCUACACAUCCAGACAACUUCAACCUCCCCUGCGUCAUCAAGGCCUGUGGAAAGCUUGGUGCUUUCUCUGAGGGGAAGCAAGCACACUCCCUCGCCCUCAAAACCGGCCUUGGUGGCGAUAGCUUCGUGCAGAGCAGCUUGGUGAGUUUUUACUCUAAAUGUGAUAAUUUGGAACUUGCUAAGAAGGUCUUUGAUCGUGUUUGUUUUAAAGAUCUAGUGACUUGGAACUCUUUGAUCGAUGGUUACGUUAGGAGUGACAAAAUCGAACUUGCAAGGAUGAUGUUUGAUGAAAUGCCGGAACGGGACUCAUUCUCUUGGGCUUUGAUGAUCAAUGGAUAUUCUAAAUGCGGAGAGAUUGAUACUGCAAGGGAGCUGUUUGAUCAAAUGCCGGAGAAGAACGUUGUUGCUUGGAAUGCGAUGAUUCAUGGUUAUAUGAAGAAGGGUGAUAUUGAGUCUGCCCGGGAACUGUUUGAUCUUAUGCCUCAAAGGACUUUGGUCAGUUGGAAUUCAAUGAUAAGCGGGUUUGAAAAGCUUGGCGCUUUCAAAGAAGCUCUCGAGGUUUAUAAAGGUUUGUUUAGGGAAGGAGUUGCACCUAAUAUUGUUACUCUGGUUAGUGCUCUCUCUGCUGUUUCUGGCUUGGCUAUGCUUGAAAGGGGUAGAGAAAUUCAUGUCUACAUUAAUGAACAUAAAUUUAGUUUAGAGGGUGUUCUUGGGAUCUCUCUCAUUGAAAUGUACUCAAAAUGCGGAGAAAUUGAAAGUUCUUUCUCCAUUUUUAGAGGGAUAAGAAGAAAGAAGUUGGGUCAUUGGACUGCCAUGAUUAUGGGGUUUGGAAUACAUGGAAUGGCAAACAGAGCCAUUAAGCUAUUCAUGGAAAUGCAGGAGAAGGGUGUGAGACCCCAUGCAUUAGCAUUUGUUGGAUUAUUGAAUGGGUGCAGUCAUGCCGGAAUGGUGGAUGAGGGACGGCAUUUUUUUGGGUUGAUAAGCAGCGAGUAUGGAAUCGAGCCAACAGUCGAACACUAUGGCUGCAUCGUUGAUCUCCUUUGUCGCACGGGAAAUCUGCACGAGGCAAAGGAUUUCAUUUAUCAAAUGCCUUUGAGACCAAACACCAUAAUCUGGAUGAGUUUAUUGAGUGGUUGCCGGAAACACAGGAACGUCGAGAUUGGCGAAUUGGCUGCGAAAACCGUGAUUGAGUUGGACCCAAAAGCUGCCGGAGCUUACGUUCUUCUCUCCAACAUAUAUGCUUCUGCUAGAUUAUGGGACCGUGUAUCGAAUUUACGAGAAUUGAUGAGAACUAGUUCUGUGAGAAAGGAAUCUGGUUGUAGUUUCGUAGAACAUGAUGGUUCAAUUCACGAGUUCGUCGUCGGGGACAAAUCUCAUCCUCAGAGAGACGAAAUCUAUGCCAAGUUGAAUGAGAUGAGAGAAAGGUUAACAUUUGCAGGAUAUAUUCCUGAUAAUUCACAGGUUUUGUUAUAUCUAGAAGAGAAGGAGAAGGCGGCUGAGUUGGCUUACCAUAGUGAGAGGCUGGCCAUAGCCUUUUGCCUCAUAAAUUCGAGGUUUACUGCACCAAUUCGAAUUGUUAAAAAUUUACAGGUUUGUAAUGAUUGUCACAAUGCAACGAAGCUUUUGUCGAGUAUUUAUAACUGCGAGAUUAUCGUGCGGGAUAAUAGUCGCUUCCAUCAUUUUAGAAAUGGUUCUUGCUCUUGCAUGGAUUACUGGUAAUGGAGGUCUUCCUUCCAUUCUUGAUAUAGGCUGCUCAUUGGUUCAGAAAAAAAUUGCUGAAAAUCCUUAGGAGGAUUGCAGCCGUAUUAAUCUCUAAUUUACUGGGGAUUGAAUGGAGCUGAUUGUGGGCAUAUCCAUUGAUUCAACUUCUCCAGGUGACCCGCAUACUUUUUAAUCUUUCAUUUUUUGAUUAGAGUUGCUGUAAAUUCGUAUAUAUUUUGCUUUAGGACUUCUGAAUAAUUCAUUUAUUAACAGCUGUUUAUAAGAUUGCUUGUAAUUAGUGUGUGGGUUUGUGUUUGCUUUUUUUAGUUAUUGUUGUGUAGCUUUUUCAGGAAAAUGUGAUGGAGAUGUAAGUGUCUACACUUGUAGGAAGUGUAAAUUUGAUGUUAUGGCUCAACUGUUGGCCUUUCUUUGAUGAUUAAUGAUGUUUCAUCUGUAGU